GUGACGGAAUGUGGUGGGGUUCAUUCUUUGGCCAUUAGCUUCGUUGGUCCCAUGAGUAUAAAGAUGGGGACGGUCAGGAUUGAACUGUCACAGCUGAAGAGAAGGGAGGCAGAGGAGAGGAAGGCUUGCAGAGAGCCCACCAUGAGAUCCGUCCUGCUUCUUCUUCUGCCCAUCGUCUUCUUGGGGGGUCACCUUCCAGGGAGAAGCAACGGGCACCCCGUUUAUGGAUCAGAACUGGCAGGUUUCAAGGCCCUCCUGGAGCGUCUGGAAGACAAACUCGAACCCAGAGCAGGAGAAGCAGGGCUCGAGAGAGAUUUUAACGAAGCCAACGACGAAGCAGCUGGAGAGGAUCCUCAGACUUUCGCUGCGUGGGAUGACGAAUACCCAAAACCUCCAAGCCAAGGGGGGUUUGGACGGAGCGACGGGUGGUCCUCGGAGCGGGUCCCCCCCGCCGCGAGGAGCAGGCUGGGAGCCUUGCUCACUGCCCCCCGUCGGGUCUCCAAUUGUUUCGGCCAAAGGAUCGACCGGAUCGGGUCCUCCAGUGGACUCGGAUGCAAACGGAGCAGGAACUGAAGCUCAACCCAAACAUGGCCAGGACCUCCACCGCCCGCUCCUGCGGCCCCCCCACACCUUUCCAGAGGCUGCUUGAACCCCUCCGUGAAGAAGCCAGCCAGCUCUUCCCUUCCACUGAGAGAAAAGGCAAGGCUCACUGGAGGACAGAUGCUCACACACACCCCUGGAAUAAUUUCUUUUGCCAUACACCUGGGCACAGAACACAGAAAAGGAUGUAAAAUGACCCAUGGGAAGAGUUACAUUCCCGGCUAGCACCUACGGCUCCCCACCGACCAGUCCCACCAAGCCCCGAACAAGAAUCCACAAGAUUCAGCACCACGGACAGAGACGGGUCUGAGCCCAGCGGCCUCCUCUCGCCAAGCGUUUCCUGCAGAAAGAACAUCUUUGGAAUAAAACCCACCAGACUUGUGUGUCUCCAUCCCAUUUCAGGGGGGAAAACGGGGGGGGGGAGAGAGCAAGCCUUGGAAAAACUAGCUUGUUCCUUUCUUUAAAAACUUUCCUCCUGGCCGAGGGAGAAUCCAGAAAGUUUGGCUAGCCAGGGUCUGAAAACUACCCAGGGGUGCCUCAGUUUCAAAAAUGUGGCUUUCCCAAGCUCCAAACCCAAGCUCCUAUGCACCUGCAAACGGAUCUCGUGGCCUCCAAGGCAAGAGCCACACUUGGUGGGGCUCAAGUUCAAAUGUAAACGGGAGCUGCAGGAAAGCAAUCGGAUCUACGUUUCCCCAGCACACAGUUUUGAACUUUGCACUUAAAAAAAAAAAAGGAAAAAAGAGAAAA